CCUCAAUGUACCACAAUCUUUUGUAUUUUUCUCAAUAACUAAAAAACAAAACAUUUAAGAAAAAAAUCGCCGUUGAGAUCGUUGGGAUGGUGACCUAUAAAACCCCUUGGCUCUUGGAUUCCAUGCAUAGCUAAAUGUCGACCACAUCGAUCAUCUCCGUCUCCCUACCUAAAUACUCAUCAUCCACUUACCUUGUAAACAAACCAUCAACACUAAGACCUUCAGUUUUCUGUAGAGUUAGCAGCAACUCUUCUUCAUCUUCUUCUACUUCAUCACCUUCUUCUUCCUCCUCAAAAUACACUCCUCAGCUUAUCAGUAGCCGCCCUGUCUUUGCUGCUCCAGCUCCAUACAUCACUCCUACUUUGAGAGAAGAAGUUCAAAUCGUUGAAGAAGAACAAAUGGCGUCAAAGGAUAACUACGAAGAAGCCAUUGCUGGGCUCAAGAAGCUUCUUAGUGAGAAUAAUGGUCUGGAGGCAGUUGCCGCGGCUAAGAUCGAACAGAUAACAGCUGAAUUACAGACUACUGCCAACCGGAAAGCCGACGGUUUCUGCCCAGUUGAAAGGAUCAAAACUGGAUUCGUCCAAUUCAAGAAGGACAAAUACGAGACUGAUCCAAAACUGUAUGGGGAACUUUCCAAGGGUCAGAGCCCCAAGUUCAUGGUGUUUGCAUGCUCCGACUCUCGAGUGUGCCCUUCCCACAUCUUGGGAUUCCAACCAGGAGAAGCUUUUGUUGUUAGAAACAUUGCUAACAUGGUUCCAGCCUAUUGCCAAAACAGGUACUCUGGAGUUGGAGCUGCCAUAGAAUAUGCUGUCUUGCAUCUCAAGGUUGAGCAUAUUGUGGUGAUUGGACACAGCUGUUGUGGUGGGAUCAAAGGACUUAUGUCUCUUUCUGACGAUGGCUCCACUUCUACUGAUUUCAUUGAAGACUGGGUCAAAAUCGGUUUACCAGCCAAGUCCAAGGUUAAGGCCACAGGCGGUGAUGCACCAAUUGCAGACCUUUGCGAGAUGUGUGAGAAGGAGGCAGUGAAUGUUUCACUUGGUAACCUUUUGACAUACCCAUUCGUGAGAAAUGCAUGCAUUAACAAGAUAUUGACAUUGAAGGGAGGUCAUUACGAUUUCGUCAAGGGAUCUUUCGAGCUCUGGGACUUGGAGUUUGGACUCUCCCCUACUUCCACCGUACGAGAUGUUGCUACGGUUCUGCACUGGAAGCUUUUUUAGACGACGCAUUUUCACCCAUAUACAGAGGUGGAAAAAGGGACAUCUACCUAGUGUUCAAUCGAAGAUGACAUUUGUAUUCUAGAUCGAUAUUCUACCUUUUGGACAAUUAGCCCUGAGAAAUAGGGUUUGUAACUCGAUUAAAGGUUUAUUCCAAAAUAGAUUCAGCUCUAAGUUGCA